AUGCAUCCGCCGUCGCCCGCCGCCACCGCGAUGGAUUUCAGUCAGAACAGCCUGUUCGGCUACAUGGAGGACCUGCAGGAGCUCACCAUCAUCGAGAGGCCGGUCCGCCGGAGCCUCAAGACACCAGAAGAAAUAGAAAGAUUGACAGUUGAUGAAGACCUCAGUGAUAUUGAAAGGGCUGUUUAUCUGCUCAGUGCUGGUCAGGAUAUCCAGGGAACAAGCGUGAUUGCGAAUCUUCCAUUUCUGAUGCGACAGAACCCUGCUGAGACACUUCGGAGAGUCUUACCAAAAGUUAGAGUCCAUGAGGAUGCACACUUAUUUACCCAGAGAGUAUGGAUCUCACUAUGUUUGUCCAGAGGGUGUGACUCUGUGGAGGAGAAACAGGAACUGGAAGCCCUGCAUGUUGCAGGGGUGGAAAUGCAGUUAACGGCCGCAGUGUCGUUUUUGACCAUCCUACAGGACGAAUCGGUGUCAGUUCAUACAUAUGCCCACUCCUUCCUCCAAGUCAUCCUGCUGCACCUGGAGCACAGGGACGCAGGUGUCAGCAAUGCAUGGCUGGAAACUCUUCUGUCUGUGAUAGAAGUAUUGCCCAAAGAUACCCUAAGGCAUGAGAUUUUGAAUCCACUCGUUUCCAAGGCACAGCUUUCCCAAACAGUCCAGUCUCGUUUAGUUAGUUGUAAAAUUUUAGGAAAAUUGACCAACAAAUUUGAUGCCCUUGCCAUUAAAAGAGAAAUACUUCCCUUGGUAAAAUCACUCUGUCAAGAUGUAGAAUAUGAAGUUCGAUCUUGCAUGUGUCGGCAAUUAGAAAAUAUAGCUCAGGGCAUUGGGACAGAACUUACCAAAAGCGUGGUGCUCCCUGAAUUAAUAGAACUUUCUAGGGAUGAAGGCAGCAGUGUGCGGCUGGCAGCCUUUGAAACUUUGGUUAAUCUGCUUGACAUAUUUGAUACAGAUGACAGAAGUCAAACUAUACUUCCUGUAGUGAAAUCAUUUUGUGAAAAAUCUUUCAAAGCAGAUGAAUCAAUUCUUAUUUCUUUAUCUUUCCAUUUAGGAAAACUAUGCCAUGGAUUAUAUGGAAUUUUUACUCCAGAUCAACACUUGAGAUUUUUGGAGUUUUAUAAGAAACUUUGUACAUUGGGUUUGCAACAAGAAAAUGGACACAAUGAAAACCAGAUACCACCCCAAAUCUUAGAGCAGGAGAAGAAAUAUAUUUCAGUACGGAAGAACUGUGCUUAUAACUUUCCGGCCAUGAUUGUUUUUGUUGAUCCCAAAAACUUCCACAUGGAACUCUAUUCUACAUUCUUCUGCCUUUGUCAUGACCCCGAAGUACCAGUCAGAUACACUAUUGCUAUUUGCUUUUAUGAAGUAUCUAAACUUCUGAAUUCUGGAGUAUAUUUAAUACAUAAAGAACUAAUAACAUUGUUGCAAGAUGAAUCAUUGGAGGUACUAGAUGCUCUCAUAGAUCAUCUUCCAGAGAUUCUGGAACUGAUGUCUACUGGUGGGGAGAGCAGUGUUCAAGAAAAUAAGUUAUCAUCUCUGCCUGACUUGGUUCCAGCUCUCACAGCUGCUGAGCAGCGAGCUGCAGCCUCCUUAAAGUGGAGAACUCAUGAGAAGCUGCUCCAGAAAUACGCCUGUCUGCCACAAGUCAUAUCAAGUGAUCAGAUCUAUUAUCGUUUCUUACAAAGAAUGUUCACAAUCAUGAUGACAAAUAAUGUCUUACCUGUCCAAAAGGCGGCUUCACGAACUCUAUGCAUUUUUCUACGUUAUAAUCGUAAACAGGAACAGAGACAUGAGGUGAUUCAAAAAUUAAUCGAACAACUGGGCCAAGGAAAAAGUUAUUGGAACAGACUCCGAUUUUUGGAUACCUGUGAAUUUAUUAUAGAGAUAUUUUCCAAAUCAUUUUUCUGUAAAUAUUUCUUUCUACCUGCUAUUGAACUGACACAUGAUCCAGUAGCAAAUGUAAGAAUGAAACUUUGCUACUUGUUGCCCAAAGUGAAAUCUACUCUGAAGAUUCCUGCAGAUAAGCAUCUACUUCAGCAGUUGGAAAUGUGUGUGAGAAAACUCCUCUGUCAAGAAAAAGAUAAAGAUGUUCUGGCUAUUGUCAAAAGAACCGUGUUAGAGUUGGACAGAAUGGAAAUGUCCAUGGAUGCUUUUCAGAAAAAGUUUUAUGAGAAAGAUUUGUUGGAUCAAGAGAAAGAAAGAGAAGAACUACUUCUUUUGGAAAUGGAGCAAUUAGAAAAAGAAAAGCAACAAAAUGAUGGAAGGCCCAUGAGUGAGAAAACCUUUGAAAAGAAACGUAGAGACUCCAAGACACCAACAAGUCUGCCCAAGAGCAUCCCCAUUUCUGUUCCUGGAUCCUCUUCUGCCACCUCAUCCACAAGUAAAGAAAUCAAGAAAUCUAAAUUGAUUCGAAGCCAGUCUUUUAAUAAUCAAGCUUUUCAUGCAAAAUAUGGCAACUUAGACAAAUGUACUACUAGUAAAAGUUCUACAGCAGCAUAUACACCUUCUGUCUCAGGUUUAUCAAAGACUUCUAUGAUUUCACUAACUGAUGACUCAUUCCGGACGCGUAACACCAAUAGUGCUCCCAGUUCCUUUUCGUCUAAUACCUCCCUGCCCAGCACCUCCCGAGGGACAGGUAACUCAGUUGAUCCCAAGAGCAGCGGAAGUAAAGAUACACAGCCACGGAAGGCUACCUUAAAAUCCAGAAAAUCCAAUCCUUAGGCCAUCUCCUUGAAGAAGGAGGCAAAACAAAGACAACUGGAGAUAAUGUGAUUGAUGAACAAAAGCUAAAGCAAUGGCUGAUGACUGGAAAAGAG